GUACGAAGCAAAUUAUUCUCUCAUUUUUGCGGAGUAGACAUGGGGCACCUGCACAAUCUCAUAACAUGGGCCAAGGCCCAAGGCGUGGUGGUUGACGCGAUACAGCCGAGCAAGAUUCCCGGUCGAGGCACAGGGAUUCUGGCCACGCGAAAGAUUAAGGCGGAAGAGGAAGUCUUGAAGGUGCCUCCUAGAGCGUUGCGCUGCUUGGAGUCGGUUCCAUCGAGGGUACGCGAGAGAUUGCCCGCGGAAACGAGCAUCCAGGCACUGCUCGCGGCGGAUCUGGCUCUUGAUAGGAGCGCCAAUGCGGUGCCUUGGAAGGCUGUGUUGCCGAAGAUGAGUGAUUUUGAAGUAGGCAUGCCGAUGAUGUGGCCGAGGGAGCUGAAGCAUCUUUUGCCUCUUGAGCCUAGAAAUCUUGUCUUCAAGCGGGAGAAGGCUUUCCAGGGCGAUUGGAGUGAUUUUCACAAGGCAUUUUCGGACAUAUCGUAUGAGGAGUACACGUAUGCAUGGCUGACUGUCAAUACUCGGACGUUUUACAACGAAUCGCCCGAGACGUUGAAGUAUCCCUGGGAAGAUAGGCUGGCGCUGAUUCCCGUGGCCGAUUUGUUUAACCAUGCGGACGCUGGGUGUAGGGUGUAUUACUCUCCAGAAGGAUACCACAUCGUUGCGGAUCGAGACUACAAAAGGGGAGAGGAGUUGUACAUCUCGUACAGUAGCCACUCGAACGACUACAACCUCGUCGAGUAUGGCUUCGUCCCUGAUGAGAAUCCGUCAGACGAUGUCUACAUUGACGAUGUUAUUUUUCCCAAGCUGAGUGAGAGCCAAAAGGCGGACCUCGAAAAGCGAGAUUUACUCGGGGUGUAUCCUCUAGGAGAGGCGACCGAGGAAUUUCGCCGUACGCAAGCGGUGUUGAGACUGCUUUGCUGCACGACCAAGGAAUUUAAGCGAUUUCUCAACGACGAGGAAAAGGGGCGUGGUGUUCAAAGUCGAGUUGACGAGUAUCUGGUCAAGUUGCUGGAUGAGUUUUUGAAUGACAUUGUUGCAAAGCGGCUACGGGAGGUUGAUGCUUUGACAGUUGGUUUGAGAGGCCAAAGGGCGCUUUUGGCGAAGCGAUGGAUGCAGAUUGAGGUGAUUGCAAAGGGGAAGAUGGAAAGCUACCGUGAGAGGGAUGGAUACUAAGGAGUAAAAGGGUUGGCUUCUUUGGGAACACGGGGGUUGGUUUCAAUUCAUGUGCAUAAUACGGGCGUGGCAUCAUAUAUAGAAUGGCGCAAUAGAUGAGAAAUAGAUUGCUUUUUAAUGAUUGAA